AAGAUGUCCUUAAUUGCCGCUGCUCCCCACCUGCCUGUGGUCCUGGCUUCUCAAUUACUAUAUUUAUUUUGCUCUCCAAGAGAAUACUUCCCUUCCCCAUCUUAUGACCUCCCCAUGAUUUGAAACACAUUGGGUGAUCUCCGUCGGUGAACCUGUCCUCCCCAUAUCGACCUGCGCUGCUCAUCCGAUCGGCCUGCCGAGGUCCCCGACGAGUCACUAUGGAUGCCCUCUUGUCCCGUUUAGAUGCUCUUGUCACCAACCCCGACCUUGCACCUCUCCUCGCGCUAGUUAAGACUGUCCGUAAUGGCGCAGUAUAUGGCGCAAAAGUGCGGUUUCCACAUGCUUUGGUAAUGAUCUUCCUCUUUCGCUCUGGAACCUUCCGAGAAAAAGCAAAGCUUGUCCUGAAAGCCACACGCCAGCAUGCCCGGAACCUCGCGACCUUCGCUUUCAUAUACAAGAGCUCCAUGAUUGUGCUGCGAAACGUGAACCCCUCUGGAGUCGGAAAGGAGGGACGAUUUGACAGCUUCUUUGCUGGUCUGCUGGGAGGGUAUGCCGUGUUCGGCCGGAACAAGACGAGUAUUACCCAGCAGAUCGUCAUUUACAUUUUUGCCCGGGUGCUGUUGGCUCUUGCCAAGCUGUCCGUGCAACCGAACAUGCACCCCCUCUCCUCCCUCAUAACCCCCGGUACUCGAGCCGACAUAGAGAAACACGCAUGGCCAGUCUUUGCCAGUGUGAGCUGGGCUAUGGUUAUGUACCUCUUCCGCUGGCACCCGGACUCCCUCAUGUCGAGCUUGAAGAGUAGCAUGGUUUACAUCUAUUCCGACUGCGAUCACUGGGAUUCAUUCCGCAAUCUCUUGAUCCACAACAAAUAGACGACCUUACAUCAGUGUGCGAUUUAUCUUGAGCGGCUGGGUCAGCACUUUUACUUCGGCGUAUAGAUGGCGCUUGUGUUUUCACUUCUUGUCGAUUUUUUCCUCUGUAUUAUCUUGAUGUUUGGAUGGGCCGGACUAAGAUAUCCUAUUUGAACGGUGGUGCUGCCCACCGUGCGCAGCCAGAGUAAGCUGCUGAGUGAUGAAAGCCCUCCCGCAGGCGGAUGGGGGAGUUGAUGCUGCUAGGGCGUAUGGGCUCGAUGAUUGUAGAUAGGCUACAGCAAUUAAAGCCAUACCGAAUUCUGAGACCCGGAUGAAUCGAAAGAAUAGCGGUCUUCCGCAGGAAUCGGCAGCAAGUGAGGGUAUCCAGCCAGCCGUGUAGAGUUUUGGCAAUCUGCAUACUAACGAUAAAAAUAUGGAAUUCUAAAAUGAAUCCCGGUUUACUGUAUGGCGCCCGCAGAUUCCAGGAGUUUGCCGACGUAUUUAUCACCACAGUCAGGGAUCCGGCCAUAGUGGUCUUGUGCAUUGAGAUCAGCACCCUUCUCAAGAAGGAGCUUAGAAACAGCUUCAUGCCCAUUUCCAGCAGCGUGUGAUCUGCCAAGCUGAAGGGUCUGGAUGAAAUUUAGCUGAUUGACACCUCCUUCAGCCGCGUCUCCAUGGUACAAAACGUUUUGGAUAGCGUAUUCCAAGAACGGGAAUGCUCUAUUUAGGAAAGUAUGCUCAAGAUUUG